AUGGUCCUGAAACAGCUCAGCCAAUCGCCGAGCUCAGUAACGUGGGCUUGUGAUCCGAGUGGAGGCAUUAAGGUGAUGGAACAUUGGGUCAAACCGGAUGGUAAGAUUCGGUGCUGCAAUUGCUGGUCCGCCCGAUCCAAGCAUAGAGCUGAACCACGCUGCUCCGGCGAAGGCUGGAGCCUCAUGGCUCCUAGAGAGGAGGGCAACGCGUCAGGCUGGCUUCACAGAGCAGCGAGAACCUCCCGCUCCAUGCGGUGGAUGGAAAACGGGUCAGAGCGCGCUUAAUCCAACAUUGCCUGACAGAACGACA